CCAGCCUUGACCCUUCAUUGGUCCAUUUUCUUCAAGUAAUUACGGUAGCUUUGCGCAUGCGCAGAACGCGACAUCCGGAAAUAAUAUUGUAGGCGAGAAUUAAAACCUCUUGAGUUGAGAGGGGUGGUCGCGACUGGGUGAAAUUGUCCCGCUGAUAGCGCAUAAACACCGAUAAAACAUGAACAUAGAUCUUUUUUUAGCCGACCACGAUAUUUGUACGGUCAUCUGGAGUGGAAUUUCAUCUUUUGAGGGUUUGAUUUGUGUGGUCGCUGGCUUUUAAGAUAGAGGAACAGGGUUCAUUCCAUUGGCUGUGUACAAAGUUACGGGUGACAGCCGUUGCCACUGUUGAUGUCGGAUCAUUUUGACUAAAUGCUCAUUUAAAUUAAGUGUUGUUGUAAAGCGGAUGUUUAAAAACAUGAAGUAUAACUGGUGCUGAUAUAUAUGGCGUAACAGCGAUUCGUUGAUAGUUUUUUGGGCAUAACUUUAUUUAUUAUAUGUGCGACUGAACACUAGUAAAGCUAUGGCGGAAUCGGUCAAAACCUUUCAAGCACACCUGACCGCUGUCAUGGACAGUUUGGUCCGCGCAUCCGUGUGCGAGAUCACCAAACUCUUCCAGGACACGGUGAACGACUACCUGGUGGAAAUCUCUCUUAACAGAAAAGAGAACGAAGCGCUGAAAUUGAGACUGAGGCUAACAGAGAAUAAACUGAGAAACGAACGCAAAUAUGGCAUGGGCUGGGCGGCCAGUCGGCGCGCGUCUGGACUGCUUGGCGCGGACGACACCGUGCGCAAAGCGCGAAGAACGGAUCUCCAAAGAGGCAAGCAAGGGAAGGAGUGGAGUGCUAAUGCGUGGGGUGAGGGGACUGGAGGAGUGAGGGAUGAGAGGAGGGACGUGUUCAGUGUCCAUCUGCCAACUGAAGGAGGUGGGGAGGAGGAGGAGGAAAGGAUAUGCGUGUCUGGAGAGAGGAAGGAGGUGGCCGGCAUUAAAGAGGAGGUGGAAGGCUACAGAUCAGACUCCCUGAGGCUGUUGCAAGCGGCUCUACAGAUGAACCACAAUGAAACCAGCCCUCACUCCCCCAGUCCCACCCACGGAGAAAUGGGCCCCGCCUCUACUGGCCCUGAAUCCACUGCUGCUGAAGUGUGGGAGGGGCAAGCGGCGGAGACAAUGACUGUUGGAGAUGAGCUCAGUGGACUGGAGACGGCCUUAAAAGCGGAGCGUGAACGCGAGGAGGCAGAGUCCGGCUUGGGUAGCCCGUCUCAGGAGGCGUGUGGAUCUGAAGGUGUGGCGUUCAUCGGACUAGAUGGUUUAUGCAGCUCUCAGCAGGGUAUGUCGUCCUCCUCACAUAGGGCAGACCCUACAUCAGCCCCUACGAACAAGGAAGAGGAGUCGGGAGGAGAAAGCGGGGACAUGCUGCAUUUCUGCGCACGCUGCGGCAGCGGCUUCAACUCUACGUCUGACCUCAUGAAGCACUCGUGCCCUGCGGCCGAGGACCGGCCUUAUCAGUGCUCUGUGUGCGGGAGAGCGUUCGGCCACGCCUGGAGCCUUAAGAACCAUGAGUGUGUGCAGGGGGGAGAGCAGCCGCACUACUGCGAACUCUGUGGCAAACGCUUCACGCACUCGCGGUCCCUCGAACGGCAUCAGCUGGUUCACACUGGUGAGCGUCCCCACAGGUGCCCGCAGUGUGGCCGCAGCUUCAGUCGUCUCGGUAACCUGGAGAGGCACCAGCGCAUCCACACGGGUGAAAGGCCGUACGAGUGCGGGGCGUGUGGGAAACGAUUCAGUCGAGUGGAAUACCUUAAACGGCAUCAGCACAUCCACAUCGGAGAUGCAACGGGGAAGCUCCCACCACUGCGAAACUCCCACCACUGCUCUCAGUGCAACCAGACAUUCAGCGAUACUGAGCAGUUCAAGCAGCAUCAGUGUCUGUAUAACAGUUAAUGUUAUUCACCGUUCGUGAGAAUCUUACGCAAUACUAAACUAGUCAAAACUGCAGUGCUCAAAAAGACCUUUUUCUUCAUAUUUCUAUUCAUUUUCUGUAUUUCUAAUUUUUCUAUUUGCAUCUUACCACAUGCUUUUACCCCAAACAUGAUCUCAUUACUUACUGACUUGUACACAAACCCUAAACCUCAAAACAAAGCACACUUAACCUAUAGUGCAAUGACAGUAUCUCAAAGUGGAUUUUCUUAUUUAUUAUUAUUAUUAUUAUUAUUCAUAGUUAGAGUAUAUAUAGCAACAUGACAAGCGCCUCUUUUCCAAAUCCAAAAAUGCAAACAACUAUUCUGUUAUGUCAAGUCAAGUUUGUCAAGUUUCUUAU